AAAACUUAGUACUAGUAAGGUGCCGGAUAGUCGUUUCUCACUUGGCCUCGUCCUCCACAUCGACACCACGCUUCGACUUGGUUGGCCCAUGAAUCCAUCUUAACCGUCGACAGGCUUGCAUGGGACGACUCAUCCUCACUCUCGUUUAAGGAGUCCAGCAGUCGAGUUGAAAUGCGGCGUAUUGGUGAACUCUAUCACUUCUGGCUGCAUGAAGCUCCACUGCUAACCAAGAUCGUGACGGCGGCCACGCUUUUCGGCACAGGAGAUCAGAUCGCACAGAGACUCGAGGCCAAGACGAAGGAGAGUGUUUUCGACGAGUUGUCGAGCGAUCGUGAACCGCAUCAGAAGCAAGAAAGCUCCGAGCUCGUAAGUACCAGCACAGCUCGUACACUACGAAUGAUGGUCUGGGGCGGGCUAUUUGCAGCUCCGAUCAUGCACACUUGGUUCCAUGUGAUCGAGCGAGUGAUCCCUGGCACCGGCAAACUCGUCGUGGCCAAGAAGGUCGCCGCAGACAUGAUGAUCAUCGCACCAGGAACGUCGCUGGCCUUUUACACGACUACCAAGUGCAUGGAGGGCGAGCCACUGCAUGAGUCUUUUGAAGUCGCCAAGGCCAAGUUACCUCCGACGUUGCUGGCCGAUUAUAUGCUGUGGCCGGCAGCAAACGCGGUCAUUUUUGGGCUGGUGCCACUGCAUUACCGCACGCCACUCACACACUGUGUCAGUCUCGUGUGGUCGACGUUCUUGUCUGAAAUGGCCAGCCACGAGCCGCUAAAGCUAACGAUGCCGUGGGGAUCUGGUGCCCCAAAGCCGUCAGUGCCGUCCAGUACCAUCGCACUGUAAACCAAACGUAAGGCCAAGUAAAAAAAAAAGCUGCAAAAUUGCUUUUAAUCCAUUGAAACUAAGUAAAAUCUACGCCGUCACGGCAUUUCCUACC